AUGGCGAUGAUGACUGGUCAUUUGCUGCUGGUGGGCGCCAUAUGCGUGCUGUGGUGCGGUGCGGUUUUUGGACACGCGAUGGACGACUACUGCAGUGAGGGUGGAGGGAACGGGUUGAGGCACACGAGUAAUAGUGGAAAUGAAGGCGUGUCUAUAAAGGCGGACUGCGGGUUGCUAUCCGCUCGAGUGGGAUUAAUAAAUGCGGUUGAAGCUGGGGAAAAAGAUGGUGAAGGAUUGAGUGGUGGUACAGGCCCACUGGGAAAGACGAAGGAAACAUUGCAGGAUAAUAAAUUGGAAAAUAAGACAUUGGGCAAAGAGGCGACUGGUUCAGGAGGAGGAGGUGUCGCAGUUCAACCACCAGCAGCACUACCGCUGGGCUCUGGAGGAUCAGAUACAGAAGAACAGAGGCAGUCAGAAGAGUUGGAUACAAAAGGAAAAGAGGCAGGAGGUAAGGGGGAUGAAAAGGACGGUAAGACAACUGAGUCCCAACAACAAAGAGCUGAUCAACCUUCUUCAUCUGGCAGCGACGGCCCUCAGGGUGGCAAAGAACCCAAUUUGAAAGAAAAAUCCGAGAGUACUGAAUCCUCCGUUGACACGCCGACACAAGAAGAUGAAGUUGAAACGGAAGAAACAAAUGUGUCAGAAGAAGAAACCGGAGGAGACGAAGAAAACAACAAUAAUGUGGCACUCACAGUGACAAGUGAAAGUCAAGUGAAACUGAAAGAAAUACAACUACCAACACCACCAACACUACCAACAACGCAAGUGAAUGAACGGUCCCGCACUGAGGAUUCAGGACACGUGCAACAGCCAAAAGGCGUCCAAAGCGACAUUGAGUCAAACCACAAUUCACAAACUGAGGGCGCUGCCCCCAUCACAGCCAAUCAACACAAUGAGCCAUCUGCCGACCAUGCAGGAUCAAGGCCACCAUCACCCACGGCAAACGGUGAUGCCGCCAAUAAUGGGGCUGACAAGAGCACUGAAGUCAGCACCCCGAACAAUGAUCCAGCAGCUGAUGGUACAGGGACACGAGAAGAAAAACAAAAUGAAAAUAGGGAAGCCAAUCCGAAGGAAUCAGUUCCAGCCACAAACGCCACAACGGCGGCGACUGGCGACAGUGGCAGCAGCACCGCGAUCUCCCACACCACCUCCCCUCUUUUGCUUCUUCUUGUCGUUGUUGCGUGUGCGGCUGCUGCUGCGGUGGUGGCCGCGUGA